AUGGAUUUUGAAAUGUGUGCUGUAUACAAGCCACGCUGGCAUGAAGAGGGUGCAGGGGAGUUGGUGAUAAAACAGUUCAGUGAUGUUGGAGUUUACCAUUUCCAUAGCAGGUGUAAAAACGGAGCAUUUAAGAGAGUGAGCCGAAGAUGGUGGCCAUGCUGCAGGUGUUUUGAGGAAUGCAAAAAGUUAGGAGUUAAUAUGCAGAAUAUAAAAGAGCUACAACUUCUCAUUGAUUACCAAAGACAACCUGAUGAAAAACCAGACAAAGGACUUGAACAGCUGAUAGCACGUGAGGCCACUUGGCAUUAUUCCCCAACAAAGGAGAGUGCUGGAUGUAACGAGCAGAUGCUCGAGUGGCUUGUGGCGAGAGGUGCGCCAUUUGUCAAGAAGAUCAAUAUUUACCAUGCUCGCAUCUUUGUGAUCAAACCCAGCCCUCAUUAUGGAAGAACACCCUUGCCCUGCACGAGAUUUAUUAGUCACAUGAAGAAUUUCUCUGAUGCUAAUAAACUUAAUAAUCUACGUUUUCUACAAUUCCCGGUAUUUCCAGAAAGGACUCGAGGUCCAAUUGCAUGUAAAAGACUACUUAAUACUACCCAGUACGUAAUCCCCAAGCUUACUGAGAACAUAGUUUGUUUGGAUGAAGAAAGCUAUCGAGGAGCCUGUCCCUCUCCUACUCCAUCCAGUGAGAUGGAUGAGAAUUCAUUGAAUGUCACUGUUGGAAAAAAUAAGAAGAAAACCAAAGAAAUCCCCAAGAAGGCCUGGAGCAGUCCAUAUUUGGAAAACCAAAUGGCAAAUAGGCCUCUUCGACCACCCUUACCAAAACCUAUCCACCUGGAGGCUGCAGGUAGACAUCUAAGUCUUCAUAAGCAGCCCCAAAGCAAUUCCAAGGGAGAUACUGCUUCCAACCAGAGGCCUUCCACUGCCAUUGGCCUCUGUGGCAAGAACCAGAUCCAUAGCACCCAGCAGAACACCAAGCGGACCUUGUCAGAACCCAAGCUGGAAGACAGUACAGAAGCCACACCCGGUGCAGGGACCUACCCAGAUCUCCAAAGCGGGAACCUCGUGGCAACUGGACAUGCACUGGGGAAAGCCAAGGUUACCAUAGCACCAGAGAAGCUAGCCAAGCAUCCUCAGCAUCUUUAUCUCCAAGAGGAAGGGAGGCUGAAGGCAGACAUCUCCCUCCCAAGCAAUCUGGCAAUAGCACCCCUUCCUGUACUCCAGGGUGGGGCUUGUACCCAUUUUCCCUCCAAGAGGUUAAUACAGGUUUGCUCCGAAGCACCCCCCCGCCCACGCCGGGGGUUCCAUAAGGCUUGUUCACGGGCUCUCCAAAGGCCGGUGGUGAAUGUGAAGAAUGCUCACUUGCUUUGA